AAAAGACAUCGACGACUCCGACCUCCACCUCCACCGCCACCGCCACCUCAACCCCCCUUCCUCCCUCCUCCGCCGCUGCACCACUUCCAAUCAGCGUUCCUCCCACCGGCGCAUCCCGGGCUCGCCUCCGCCUCCGCCGUCCGGGAAGCGAUGCGCCUCCGCUCUCCGCUAUCAUCCGUCCCCGCGAUUCGCGCGGACGGCCAGACUGCGGACGCCGACUUCCUGCUUGACUCGUGGCUCGGGGCGCUGCGGUACCUCGGUGGAGACCGCGGGUGGCAGCAGCCAGGCAUCGGGAAGAUCCGUGUCGACCGGGCAUUAGAUCGAGCGUGUCGGGUUGUCGGGGUGGUGACACUGUGCACACCAAAUGGAUACGGCGAUCUCAUGCUGAAUCUGAAGGACCCAUCUGGUACUAUUGAUGCAUCAGUUCACAAGAAAGUUCUAUCAAAUGAAAACCUUUCAAAGGGUUUAUCAGUUGGGUCUGUCAUUGUUCUCAAACAGGUGGCUGUUCUUCGCCCUUCUAGCACAGUGUGCUAUCUGAAUGUUACCCAGAAAAAUGUUGAAAAGGUGCUGCAAAAUGACAGUGUCUCCCCAUAUAAGCAAGCAGUUCCAUCAAGUAAUUCUGAAAGGCAAAGCCAACAGCCUGGCCAAGGAGAUAACAUGGAAAGGGAAGCUGGAGUGGAAACAACUGAUGGAAUGACAGCGAUCUUCAGUAAGCUCUCGAGGACCAAGGAUGGCCGGAUAGUCGACUUACUUUGUGAUAAUGGCGGUGCAGCAAAAGCUGUUAACAGUAGUAUUCUGAGAAUGGACAAAGAUACUCAUGGCGUACAAAAUCAUCACGAGAAACGGAUGGAGCAAAUGGAUUCAGGUUCUCAAAUAAAGAAUUUGCCAGGCUUAAACACCAGCCAGCAGCUGCAGAAAAUCAUUUCUAGCAUGAAUCCAGCUAAUUGCCAGCUGAAACAAGGAGGAAGCGUACCCAAGUAUGGGAUAAGCAGUGAAGCUGAAACUUCGGCUGAUGAUAUAAUGAGAAAACUCACAGGUGGUGAAAUGAUCAACAACAGGGAUGAGCAUCAGCAGCAAAACCCGGUUGCAGAUACAAGAUGCACACAGCCGAUUCUAGGUGGAAGCUCAGUUAUGGCUGGAAGCAGAGAUUUUUCGCAAGCUUCCUGUACUGGAAAUCUGAGGCAACUCUCUGGCGAUGAUUCGAUGCAGCCUCGUAGUAAAAAACUUAAGAGUGAUGCAAGGCUUUCUGAUAGCAAUGGUCUGGAUGACAUAGCAGAUGAUUUCCUCGGUGAUCACAAUCCGAUCAGGAAGCCCGAGCAUCAGCAAAGGGACAUCCAUGGCGCAAGUGCGGGUAGCCUCCAGCCAACUCAAGAAAAUUGCUCAAUAUCUGCCACCGGCGGAACAUUACCUUCCAGUCAUAAGAUGGUUUCAGUGGCUUCUGUACCAGAAUGGACCGAUGAGCAGCUUUCUCAACUUUUUGAUGACUACUGACACCGGAGUGCAUACUUCAUCUAGUAGUUGCCUAGCUUCUUUUCCUUUUUCUUUUGGGGUAGUUUGAUGUUAUCUCAAGGGUGCGACAAAGUCAGGCAUGUUAGUUGUAUAUAGUUAUAGUUUAGAAGAUGGUUAACACCUCAAGGUUGUGACUCACGUGUUCUCAGUGAUGUGCCUCGAUGACCAAAUAGAGACAGUUCAUAGACCAGUGGAUGGAUUAUAUCGUAAUCUUGUGCAGUUCCUCUGUUGAA